ACGCGAGGUAAUACCAUGCGGUCGCCAACGCGCUUUCAAUCUUUUGGCGCACCGAACACCCAGUUCGGUUCAGCGUGGAUGCAACACAUUUGUCGCAAAUUCACUAAGCAAUCUCAAAUCCUUUGUUUGUAUAUUUAUUUCAAAUAGAAUGGCUGACGAAGGGACGACAGAGCACCGUGAGUUGGUUACUACUGCGUCCUCAGACGCGCAUGGCGCUAUGGACUGGCUUUCCACUUGAGAGGACACAGAGAACCCUGCGAAAUACAACUCAGUGCAUAAGAACCACUCCGUUCCGUUAUCUCUUGGGGAGAUUAUGUGGAACUCGACCGAAUCGGAGGGAACAUCCGACGGUGGAAAGGAACUGGUCAUCCGGACAGUGACGGGCUGUUUGCUCUCACUGCUCAUCCUAUGGACACUGCUGGGAAACCUUAUGGUGUGCUCUGCGGUGCUACGAAUUCGGCAAUUACGAAGUAAAGUGACCAACAUUUUCAUCGUUUCUUUGGCUGUGUCGGAUUUAUUCGUUGCAAUUCUGGUGAUGCCAUGGAAAGCUGUGGCUGAGGUGGCGGGGUAUUGGCCAUUUGGCACUUUUUGUAAUUACUGGGUGGCGUUUGACAUUAUGUGCUCAACUGCGUCUAUCCUCAACCUCUGCAUUAUCAGCGUGGAUAGAUACUGGGCCAUAUCAAGUCCGUUCCGCUACGAGAGAAAAAUGACCCAACGAGUUGCCUUUGUGAUGAUAAGCGUCACGUGGACUUUGUCUGUUCUCAUUUCAUUCAUACCCGUCCAACUGAACUGGCACAAAGCCAGCGAAGACGAAAUAGUCAGAGCGCAUAACGCCUCCUUGGGUCAAGUAGAAGAAAACUGUGACUCUAGUCUCAACAGAGAAUACGCCAUAUCGUCAUCUUUAAUAAGUUUCUACAUACCCGUAGCAAUUAUGAUUGUGACGUACACGAGAAUCUAUCGGAUUGCUCAGAUCCAAAUCAGGACUAUAGCGUCCCUAGAGCGCGCGGCAGAGCACGCCACAAGUUGCAGGACCAACAGACUCGAGUGCCAACACCACAAUACAUUGAAAACAUCUAUUAAAAGGGAAACCAAAGUUUUAAAAACGUUAUCGAUCAUUAUGGGUGUUUUUGUGUGUUGUUGGUUACCUUUUUUUAUUUUGAACUGCAUAGUUCCAUUCUGUGACAAACCACAGACUGACCAAGAUGCAAGUCUCCCCUGCGUCAGCGAGACAACAUUUGACGUCUUUGUGUGGUUUGGCUGGACUAAUUCAUCCAUGAAUCCUAUUAUUUACGCUUUUAACGCAGAGUUCAGAAAAGCAUUUGCCAGUCUGCUGGGUUGUCGUAAUUUCUGCUCCAGCACACCAGUUGAAACUGUGAAUAUUAGCAACGAGUUGGUCUCCUACAACCAGGACACACUUGUCCAUAAAGAAAUCGUGAAUGCCUACGUCAAUAUGAUCCCCAACGUAGUGGAAUGCAUUGAGCACGAGGACACGUUUGACAGGAUAUCACAGCUAACUCACAACAAUGAAAAUGGCACCGACUCCGUUUGUGACUUGGACGACUGUGAGGAAGAGAUUAGCAUCGACAGGAUGACACCAUUUACCCCCAAUGGUUUACAUUGAAUUCACUUGUCUCCCCUCGUGCGUAAGAGGAUGUAUUGCUUCAAUCAGAUAUGUGAGAUGUGGUGUUGUUGUCCCAUGCUGAAAAGUGACGUAAAUUUGUGUCUUAUAAGAGAAGACACCAGUCUUUGUUUAUUCAUAUGAUCUCUAAAAGUUAUAGCUUCUAUGUAUUUGGAGCAGCAGAUGUAUUGAAACCAGUUGCUCCAAUUGGUACAAGUUACCCUAGAUGGUAUUCAGAAAUGACUGCUUAUCAUUAUCCGAUCAAUGACAGUGGGACCACCGUCCUCCAUACUAUGGAAAAUAUGGUAAGCCUUACAGGCGCAGUGUAGCCACAUGCAGUUGUGUAAAUGCCUUAUUUAUUCUGGGAAAGAGUGCAAUAUCAUUUUUAAAACAAGGGGAAUGUUAAAGGAUUACAAAAUGUUUAAUUUACAUGAGGCCAAACUAUUAAAAGUGCUUACACGCUCUCUGAUGUCUCGCGCGCACAAACAAACACACACAAAAAAAUAGCCCUGCUCUCCACGUACUGAAGUAACUGCACAGUAGGCAAAGCAUUCUCAAUCGAAUUAUGCACCUGCAGCAGCAGACCUCUUAUAGGCUUGACUUUACCCAUAAUAAACCCACACCGGUCCAAAGCUAAUUAGGAACUUCCUUUGAGUGAUUAUGGCGAACACCUGCCAAGUAUGACAAGCUUACCGCCAGGUACCACACCCUAAUAGGGUAACCCCCCCUACAGUUGAAUGUGGACACAAUUAUAAUAAUUUUUUGUAUAUAUUUUUCUGAAAUAUUUGAUUAAAAUACGUAAAUUAGGUGGCCUCGUUAAAUAUUUUGCAUAUCACGGAAAUCCAUUUUUCUGGACACUGGAUGAAGUCGGCCUAAAUAUUUUGGUUUCAUUUGGUUAAAACUCCAGGAUCGGUAUGUAAAAUAAAUAUUGGCUCAUUUUUCAGAAGAAAAUGUAAUCGAGAAGAAACAUUUGACAACAUAUCAGCAAUUCCCUAUGUAUAAGUAUGGAGAAUACGUCUAAGGAUAACCACACGCAAUUUGGUGAAUGCAGAUGCGUCUGAGGCUGAAAAAAAUGAGUUAGCAUGUGGGAAGAGUCUGACUUUCGGCAAAUGACAGUUAAAGACAAGUAGACUGAAUUUAGCCUACCAACCCACUGGGCACAGAUACCAAUUCACCAUCUAUUCCACAUUGGUUCAAGCUAAUUUAAUUGAAAUUACGUUGAAACAACGUUGAUUCAACCAAUGUGUGCCCAUGAGAAACGCCAAACACCUACAUUAUUUAGACCCAAUCACCAUCUCUUCAAAAUAAGUUACUACAUACAGUCCAGUUUGUAAUAUUGUCUAUAAAAUGGGUUUUUAUUAAAUUAUGUGUGAUUCAAUGUUGUGAGGUUUGAAAUUAUCGAUGUAUGGACAUGUAAAUUGGGUUACAAUUCAAUAACUUAUGAUGGUAGUAUGAUAAACUAACGAAAAUAUACAUUUUCCUCAACCUAUUUUAGAAAUACUAAUAUUAUUGGACUAAAAUACAAAAGAAUCUCCAAAUUGCUAGGUAGAUGAAAAAAAUGUAAUUUCAGUUUGUGGUGCCUGACCUUAAGGGAUAUUCUAUUCUACCUCUCUAUUUGGUGAGAAAAAUGGCCAAGACGCACAAAUCCAACCACUCUCCAUUCUCUAUCAUACAGCAUCCAUGUUAAGAAGUCCACCAAACACCAUUCGUAAAGCUAAUUCCCACUUGACAAAAACUGGUUGAAUCAACAAAGUGUCCAUGUCACUUCAACCCCACAAAUCUAUGUGAUAACGUUGAAUGUGGAAAACUGAUUGGAUUUGGAACAAGUAAUAAACAUAAGGGCAUUUCAUAUUUUUAUUCACCCACAUUUUAACCUAAAGCCAAUGACAUGGUGAAUUUUCUGUUUUUGUUUUCACAUUGAAUUCACCUUAGUUGACAACUCAACCAAAUGUAAAUCAAUACUAGAUGUUGAACUGAGUCUGUUCCAUGUGGGUUGGCACUAUGAAUCUCCCCAAUUCCCAGUUAACAAUCAGCUUUUCAAGAUCACAUAAUAUGUGAUAUGACAUAAUAUGUAAACAAAUUAAUCAACAAUUACAAGUAUGUGCAAUGGGGUAAUACAAAUCUUGGUGUGAAAUUCCACAGUGGGACCAUGGUCAGCUUGAUGUAAUUUAAUUUGAGCUACUUUACAUAUUUUGAAAAUGUACAGAUGAUAUUCAAUGUAUACUGCCAUCCAAACAGUGAAGUGUGUCACCAUUUUGCAAUAAAAUACUCUCUAGCAGA